CCUUGGCUCAACAGCUUGUUAUUUCGUUUAUUGCUUUGCAAUCCUGGCAAGUGGUGAAGAGUCACAUAGGUGUAUUUUUGUUUUACAGCGAUCAAAAUCAAUCGAGCUGGAAUCCCUCAAAUAGCCCUUACAAUGAAGGCAGCAGACGAGCCUGCCUACCUGACAGUGGGAACUGAUGUUAGCGCCAAGUACCGAGGCGCCUUCUGCGAGGCCAAAAUCAAGACCGUCAAGAGGAUGGUGAAAGUGAAGGUGGUGCUUAAGGGAGACAGCACCUCCCAGGUGGUUCAGGAUGACCAGGUCAAAGGACCUUUGAGGGUGGGUUCCACAGUGGAAGUGAAGAGUGCAGAAGGAGGGCUGAGCCAGGCUGUCAUCAGCAAGCUCACCGAUGCAAGCUGGUACACUGUGGUGUUUGAUGAUGGGGAUGAGAAAACUCUUCGGAGGACAUCUCUAUGUCUAAAAGGCGAACGACAUUUUGCUGAGAGCGAGACCUUGGACCAGUUGCCCUUGACCAACCCAGAGCACUUUGGAACUCCUGUCAUAGGGAAAAAGACAAAUCGCGGACGGCGGUCGUCACUGCCUGUUGCGGAGGAUGAGAAAGAGUCUUCCUCUAGUGAAGAGGAGGAUGAGGACAAAAGACGACUGAAUGACGAAUUGCUGGGGAAAGUGGUCUGCAUCCAGACAGGUCCGGACCGAACAUGCUGGUACCUCGCCUUGGUGAUAUCUCCCAGCUGCAAUGAUGACCUCAUUGUCAAAAAGGACCAAUGUUUAGUGCGAUCAUUUGCAGAUUCCAGAUUCUACAUAGUAGCAAGAAAAGAGGUCCAUCAACUGGACGUGGACAGCAUCUCAAAGCCAGAGUACGCUAGCAAGAAAGGGUUCGACGGAGCGCUGCUUUUCCUGAAGGACAGAGUGGUCCCUGAUACCUGGAAGAUGGACAUGAGCGAGAUCCUGGAGUCCUCCAGUAGUGAUGAGGAGGAUGCUGAGGGGAAGGACAGUGAGGAGGACGAAAAGGAAGUAGAGGAGGAAGAGCCAGAGAUGGAGCUGGAUCCUGAGGAGAAGGACCACUUCCUCCAGCAGCUCUACAAGUUCAUGGAGGACAGAGGGACACCAAUUAACAAGCCGCCUGUGCUAGGCUACAAGGACCUGAACCUCUUCAAGCUCUUUAGACUGGUGUAUCAUCAGGGGGGCUGCGACAACAUUGAGAGUGGAGCCAUCUGGAAGCAGAUCUACAUGGACCUGGGCAUUCCUGUUCUUAACUCUGCUGCCUCCUAUAACGUGAAGACAGCCUACAGAAAGUACCUGUAUGGCUUUGAGGAGUACUGCCGUUCUGCCAGCAUCCAGUUCCGAACCAUCCACCACAACAACCCCCGUCCCCCCAGCCAGGCUGAGCCCAAGGCUGAACCACACCACCAAAAGGAGGGCCCCGCCGCAGAGAGGGAGGCGGAGCUGGCCCAGGGGGAAGAGAAGCCCCCCGUGGAGGAGGAUGAGUCGAGCAGCGAGAGCGAGAAGGAAGGCCGCAGGGAGGUGCGCUCCCCGAGGGUGGGGAGGAGGGCUGCCGUGACACCUGUCAAAUCUGAAGCCAAGGAGCCAGUGGUGAAAGUGAAGGAGGAGAAAGCGAAGAUGGAGGAGACCGGCGGGGAGGAGCAGAAGGACCUCUCAGGGGGGGACACUCCUGGGAAGAGGGCAAAGCUGGAGAGACGCAGGCGGGGCCUGGAAGAGUCUGAAAAGGAGUCUGAGGAAGAGGAUGAGGAUGAGGAAGAGGAGGAAGAGACGCCCAGGCCCAGGGAACGGGAUGAGAGGGAGACCGUGGGGGAUGCAGACGAAGACUCCGAGCACACACUGAUGGGGACAAAGGUGAAGGUGAAGUAUGGCCGGGGGAAGACACAGAAGAUCUAUGAGGCCAAUAUCAAAAACACGGAGACAGAUGACGGAGAGGUUCUUUACCUGGUGCACUACUACGGCUGGAAUGUCAGGUAUGACGAGUGGGUGAAAGCAGACCGCAUAAUCUGGCCAGUGGACAAAGGCAGCACCAGGCGGAAGCUGAAGAAGAAGUUAAAGAACAAAGAUGAGGUGGAGAGGGAGGAGAAGGGGGAGAAGGAGGAGGAGAGGCAGGUGAAAUCAGUGGCAAAGAGGGGCCGUCCCCCGCUCAAGUCCACCCCUCCCAGUGUUUCACGGGCUGCCCCGAAAACGCCCAGCAGCGAGGGACGUGCCGGGGGCAAAGGUGGCCGCCCCUCGGAUGGCUUGUUGCUGCCUAAUGGAGAGGCAGGAACACCUCGCCGCCGAACAAGAAGAACCUCUGGGAUGUACGACUCUGAUAGGGGGUCUAAUGAAUCGGGGAAUUCAUCGGAAGAGAGCGAGUCAGAGGACUCCCCUGAGAAGCGGUCAGGUCGGGUAGAGACCACCGACCCCGCCACAGCACGCAAGCAGGAGGAGGAGGAGGAACAGCAGGCAGAGGAUGGCAAGGGCGAAGAGCAGGGGGCAGAGAAAGGUGGGUCUGAGGUGCAGGAGGUACAGGAGGAGCCUGUGCAUGUGUCCAGCCCCCGGGAGCACCAGGCAGAGCAGCAUGAGCUCCAGGAGGAGGAGCAGAGGCUUAAGGAAGCAGAGCAGCCUGAGGAGGAGGCGGCCCCAGUGGCUGCAUCUGAGACACAGAUGGAGCCAAAGGAAGAGGACCGCCCCACCCGUCCAAAAGGCCGCAGGAGCCGGCAGAAGGACCCGGUGCCUGAGACGGCCACCAAAGCACCCCCCACCAGCAGCCACGGCGAGGAAGAGGCCCCCCAUACCCCUUCCCCAAAAAAGCCAGAGGAGCGGUCGGAGUCCCCGCACCACCACUCCUCCAACCCCCAGCCGGACGACUCAGACACAGACUCGGCCACCGAGGAGAUCUGCCGGGAGGACAGGAAGCCGGCCAAGCGCAAAGCCAUGGAGCAGUGCACACCGGAGAAGAAGGUCCGCUGUCCAGAGAGGAGGGAAGAGCCCAGUGCCAUGUCGCCAGAGAAGAGGGUGGAGCCAGGCCACAAGGGAGUGGAGUGGCCGUCGCCAGCCAAGGAGGCGGAACCUCGAGCCGAGAUGCCCGCGCUCACCCUGGAGGUGCGGUGCAAGGGGGAGGGGCCGCUCGGGGCGGAGCCUCAGAGCAAGGAGGCGGUGUUGAGCGCUGAGGAUGAGCUGAUUCCCCCGAUAGGGCCGGAUGCACUGGUUUGCCACGAGGUGGACCUGGACGACCUGGAUGAGAAGGACAAGGCCACUGGGGAGGAGCUGCUGGUCAUGAUGAGGGGUGAGGAGAACGUCCGGCCCUUGCCUCCCUCCCACCUGCACCACCACCACCACCACCACCACCACAGCACCUCCCCAGGGGCCAGCCUCCCCACCUUCUCGCCCGCCCCUGCCCACAGCCCUGGCGAAUCGCACAGCACCAGGAGCGAGAGUGACGUCACCAUUGAGGUGGACAGUGUGGCUGGGGAGUCUCAGGAGGGCCUGUGCGAGAGCGAGUCGGCCAACGGCUUUGACGCCAGCACCAGCUCCAGCAACUCCAGCAUCUCCCUGCAGGACCGCGAGGCCAAGGACAGAGGUCAGAAGCGUUCGAUGGACGGCAGUGCAGGCUCCAUUGCCAAGAAGCAGAAGCGCAGUCAGAAGCGCACCAGUGCAGCAUCCAAGACAGAGAAGAAUGGCACAGGGCACAGUAGUGACAGCGAGGACCUUCCUGUCACGGAUACCUCCAGCAAGCUGACACCAGUCAAGCACUCCGCCGCAACCAAGAAGCUGGCCCGCUCCCCUGGUGGGGGCAUGUCCCCCAACAGCAAGGAGGGGGAGAAGGACAAGCACAGAGACAAGCCAGCCUUCCCCUCCCCACGCACAUAUAAGUGGACCUUCCAGCUGACUGAACUGGACAACAUGACGAGUGCAGAGCGCAUCGCCUUCCUGCAGAACAAGUUGCAGGAGAUCAGGAAGUACUACAUGUCCCUCAAGUCUGAAGUGGCCUCUAUUGACAGGAGGCGGAAGAGGUUAAAAAAGAAGGAGAGAGAAGUGUCCCACACCUUGGCCUCUACGUCAUCAGGCUCCUCUGACACAGCCAUGAGCCCCUCCUCAGCCUCGCCCACCCAGAACACUGUGGCUGUGGAAUGCAGGUGAUGGUGGGCCCUUCCCCACCACUGUCUGCCUUCCCAGCAUCCGCUGCCUCCCUGGAAACGCGUACUGAAACUGAUGAGCCACAGCAAGCGGCCAGAACCAGUCGACUGCCCUCCUCGACCCCACGUGCACCACAUGGCCACUCCCACUUCCUGCACUUUGUAAACUGAUCCUUCCUCUUCCUCCUUCCACCCCCACCCACCAAUUGCAACAUCAGGAAGCUGAUUGUGAGCUGAAUGUAAGGAAAAAAAUCUGAUGUUUGGUUGUCAAGCCCUACCUUGCAGUCCUCAUCCUAUGACAGUUAAAGGCACCCCCCCCCCCCCCCC